CUGAGACGAUGCAAAAAUGAAAGUGCCAAAAACCGGAAGGGAUAUCCCAUAUAUUGCGUCAUAAGUUGCAUUCUGGGAUAUUUACGUGGCAUCACAGGAGAUUUCUCGUGUGUGGAUUUGACAACUGGAAAUAUUCAACGUCAUUUCGUUGUCUGUGGAAAGCCAGCAUGGCAACAUAUCAAGAAUUCAUUCAACAAAAUGAAGAUCGUGAUGGAACAAGAUUUAGUUGGAAUGUUUGGCCAUCUAGUCGGAUAGAGGCUACUCGUAUGGUUAUACCCUUAGGAUGUUUAUUGACCCCUAUUAAAGAGAGAGCAGACUUGCCACCAAUACAGUAUGAUCCAGUAUUGUGUACAAGACCAGCAUGUAGAGCUAUACUUAAUCCAUUCUGCCAAGUGGAUUACAGAGCAAAGAUUUGGGCAUGUAACUUCUGUUUCCAAAGGAACCCUUUUCCUCCACAAUAUGCAGCCAUCUCAGAACAACAUCAACCGGCUGAAAUCAUUCCUCAGUUUUCUACAUUAGAAUACACAAUUACUAGAGCCCAAUGUCAUCCUCCUGUGUUUCUAAUUGUAUUGGACACAUGUAUGGAAGAGGAAGAUUUACAAGCUGUUAAGGAAUCAUUACAAAUGUCCCUGAGUUUAUUACCACAGAAUGCCUUGAUAGGAUUGAUAACCUAUGGUAAAAUGGUACAAGUUCAUGAACUAGGAUGUGAAGGAUGCUCAAAAAGUUAUGUCUUCAGAGGAACCAAAGAUUUAAAUGCCAAACAAAUACAGGAUAUGCUUGGCAUUGGCAAAGGAGCAGCCCCUGCUCAACAACAGAGAGGGGGAGGAGGUGGACCACAGGGACCACAGCAACAUCAGCUUCCUUCAAAUAGAUUUUUACAGCCAGUCCAUAAAUGUGACAUGAACUUAACAGAUUUAUUAGGAGAACUACAAAGAGAUCCAUGGCCUGUAACACAAGGCAAACGUUCACUUAGGGCUACUGGUGUAGCUCUGUCAAUAGCUGUAGGACUCUUAGAGUGUACCUUCCCAAACACAGGAGCUAGAAUAAUGUUAUUUUGUGGUGGACCAUGUACACAAGGACCUGGUAUGGUUGUUGAUGAUGAACUUAAACACCCUAUCAGAUCACAUCAUGAUAUAGAGAAGGACAAUGUUAAAUAUAUGAAGAAAGCAAUGAAGCACUAUGAGGCCUUGGCUAACAGAUCAGCAAACAAUGGACAUAUUGUAGAUAUUUACUCCUGUGCUUUAGAUCAGACAGGUCUACAUGAGAUGAAGUUUUGUCCUAGAUAUACUGGGGGCCACAUGGUAAUGGGUGAUUCAUUUAAUUCAUCCAUGUUCAAACAGACUUUCCAGAGGGUAUUUUCAAAAGAUGGUAAACAAGAAUUCAAAAUGGGAUUUGGUGCAACAGUAGAAGUCAAGACAUCGAAGGAGCUUAAAGUAUCUGGAGCUAUUGGUCCAUGUGUAUCUUUAGGUGUGAAAGGGGCGUCUGUGUCUGAUACAGAAAUGGGACUUGGUGGUACAUCUCAAUGGAAGUUAUGUGGACUUUAUCCAAACCUCACUCUAGCAUUCUUUUUUGAAGUGGUUAACCAACACAAUGCCCCUAUACCACAAGGAGGAAGAGGUUACAUACAGUUUAUAACACAGUAUCAACAUUCUAGUGGUCAGAGAAGAAUACGGGUAUCAACAGUAGCUAGAAAUUGGGCAGAUGCUAGUGCCAAUAUACAACAUAUAUCUGCUGGUUUUGACCAAGAGGCAUCAGCAGUACUAAUGGCAAGGUUAGCAGUAUUCAGAGCAGAGACUGAUGAUGGUCCUGAUGUCCUUAGAUGGUUAGAUAGAAUGUUAAUUAGACUGUGCCAGAAAUUUGGAGAAUACCACAAAGAUGAUCCAAACUCAUUCAGAUUUUCAGAAAACUUUUCAUUAUAUCCACAAUUUAUGUUUCAUUUACGAAGAUCACAGUUUUUACAAGUUUUCAAUAAUAGCCCUGAUGAAACGUCAUAUUACAGACAUAUGCUGAAUAUAGAAGAUUUAACACAGUCGUUGAUAAUGAUACAACCAAUAUUAUAUGCCUACUCAUUUAGUGGUACACCAGAGCCUGUAUUAUUAGAUACCAGCAGUAUACAACCAGAUAGGAUAUUAUUAAUGGACACAUUUUUCCAGAUAGUAAUCUAUCAUGGUGCUACUAUACAUGAAUGGAGAAAACAAGGUUAUCAAGAACAACCAGAGUAUGAAAAUUUUAAACAGUUACUGCAUGCUCCAGUAGAUGAUGCACAAGAAAUAUUACAGACUAGAUUUCCAAUGCCUAGAUAUAUAGAUACUGAACACGAAGGAUCACAGGCUAGAUUUUUAUUAUCAAGAGUAAAUCCCUCACAGACACAUAAUACUGCUUUUGGCUGGGGACAGUCCACAGCAGGAGGGAUAAUAUCAUUUGGAGGUGGUAGUUCAGAGGAUGGUGCAGCAGCAGCAGUACUUACAGAUGAUGUCAGCUUACAAGUAUUUAUGGAACAUCUGAAGAAAUUAGCUGUAUCAAGCUCUUCUUGAUGAUGAUGCUAGUAUACACUUUGAACUUUGAAUAUCAUUAUGAGGUCAUGACCAGUAACCACCAGGAAUUAAGUGACCAAAAAGCAUGUUGUGAUAAGAAAUGUUAAUAUUUGUUGAUAGACGUUUGUUUUAAAUGCAAAAUACAAAAUUUUACUUAUUUAAGAUGCAACAUGUCUUCAUGCUCACUGUGCUACAGGUUGUUUAUAUGAACUAGUCAGAAAAAUGCAUGGAAGUGAGGGUUGUAUGUUAUUAUUCCCGAUAAAUGUGAUGUAGACUAUUUGAAGGACUGAUAUUUUCCUAUUUGUUCUAUUUUGAAAUGAAAAUAUUGAAACAAAUGAUUUAACUGUUCUUAUUCUGGCAAUUUAUAAAUAUUAGCAAGCACAUUAAAUGUAUUACAGUAGCAUUUAAUAUGACAUGUUUACUCUUGUAAACAAAAAUAGAUAAUAGUUUUAACUUGUAAAAUAGUGUGAAUGUGUUCAAUACUCAAUAUUUGAAGGAAGUAUCUAGAACUGUUUCAAUAAAACUAAUUAUAAAAUGUUUGAAUGAAGUAUUAAGUGCUGUUUCAUUUGUUUAUAAUCAUCAUUUGUCUAUAGUGCCAUUAUUUAUGUCUUUUUUUAAAAAUUAAGUCUAGUUGAUGUUAAUGAAUCAACAGCAUUUUAUCAUUUUAUAAAUUGA